GGCGGCCAUCUUGGGCUCCCUCGCCGGGGCUGUGCGUGUGCGAGCGGGGGGGAGGGAGGCAGCGAAGGCUGGGGCAGGGAGUGACUCGCUCCUUUGCGGAAGUGGUGCCUUUACUCCCCCAGAGUGGAAGAAGGAGAGGGAGGCCCGCGGUGUCGUCCGCACCUUUCCCCAGCGCCGUCUCAACCCGUGGAGGAUGGCAGGGCGGCUCCCGGCCUGCGUGGUGGACUGUGGCACCGGGUAUACCAAACUGGGAUAUGCUGGUAAUACAGAGCCACAGUUCAUCAUUCCCUCAUGUAUUGCCAUUAAGGAAUCGGCCAAAGUUGUCGAUCAGGCACAAAGAAGGGUAAUGAAAGGUGUGGAUGACUUAGAUUUCUUUAUUGGGGAUGAAGCAAUAGAAAAACCGACAUAUGCAACAAAGUGGCCCAUUCGCCAUGGCAUAGUUGAAGAUUGGGACCUGAUGGAGAGAUUUAUGGAACAAGUUAUCUUUAAAUAUUUAAGGGCAGAACCUGAAGACCAUUAUUUUCUUUUGACUGAACCUCCUCUAAAUACUCCAGAAAACAGGGAAUAUACUGCUGAAAUCAUGUUUGAAUCCUUCAAUGUUCCUGGGCUUUACAUUGCUGUUCAGGCUGUCCUUGCUUUAGCUGCAUCUUGGACAUCAAGACAAGUAGGUGAACGGACACUGACUGGAACGGUUAUAGAUAGUGGGGAUGGUGUCACUCAUGUCAUUCCUGUGGCUGAAGGUUAUGUGAUUGGUAGCUGUAUCAAACAUAUUCCAAUAGCUGGACGAGAUAUAACUUACUUUAUUCAGCAGCUGCUAAGAGAGCGAGAAGUAGGAAUCCCUCCUGAGCAAUCAUUGGAAACUGCUAAAGCAGUCAAGGAACGUUUUAGUUAUGUCUGCCCUGACUUAGUGAAAGAAUUUAAUAAAUACGAUGCAGAUGGUACCAAGUGGAUUAAACAAUAUACUGGAAUCAAUGCUAUCUCAAAGAAAGAAUUUACCAUUGAUGUUGGGUAUGAGAGAUUCUUAGGGCCAGAAAUCUUCUUUCAUCCUGAGUUUGCUAAUCCAGACUUCACACAGCCCAUCUCAGAAGUAGUAGAUGAAGUUAUUCAGAACUGUCCAAUUGAUGUUAGACGCCCACUGUAUAAGAAUAUUGUCCUUUCUGGAGGCUCAACAAUGUUCAGAGAUUUUGGACGGCGUUUGCAGCGAGACUUGAAAAGGACUGUGGAUGCUAGACUGAAACUCAGUGAAGAACUGAGUGGUGGCAGACUGAAGCCCAAACCUAUUGAUGUACAAGUUAUUACUCAUCAUAUGCAAAGAUACGCUGUUUGGUUUGGAGGAUCAAUGUUGGCUUCCACACCUGAGUUCUACCAAGUAUGCCACACCAAAAAAGAUUAUGAAGAAAUUGGUCCUAGCAUCUGUCGUCACAAUCCAGUUUUUGGAGUUAUGUCUUAAAUCUGACAUUUAAUGAAUUGAGUUUAGGGAGGCAAGGAAAUGGUCUUUCUCAGUGCUUGUUUGUCUGGAUGGUCGGUAUUAAGAUAAGAAACAUGACUUGAAAAUAAGAAAAAAAAAAGACCAAACACAAUUAAACAGGAAUAUUUUAAUAAGUGUCUCAACAUGCUGAUACAGUGGGAAGCCAAAACAAUUCAAAGUGUUUUUUUUUCUUUUGACUGAAUAUUUGAAGCUGUGCAUAAACAAAACAAAAGAAGUUGGUCUUUGUUCUUUUUGUGCCCUAAUAUUUUGUAUAUUAAUGGAAUAUCCAAGAUUUGAUGGGAUUUGAUGGUAUGUAGAUAGUCAGCUCUAUAAUUCUUCUAUUGUACUCUUAAUUGUGUACAAUGCAAGAGCCUGUUUAUAUUUCAUACUUUUUUAUACAUUGAGAAAAAAUAUCAGUGACUGAAAGUAAUGUUAAUAUUUGACAAGAAAAAUACCAGUGACCAAUUGGAGGGGAAUUUGAAAACUAAUAAUGCCCACAUGGAGCUUCAUCAUGUGAAUCUCUAAUAAUGUUAAAUUAUGACCAAUCUUCAACUUGCAUUCCAUACACAAUGCAACUUGGCAAAUGCUUUUGGAACUGAGGGACUAGUAUCUUGGAUUAAGUGAUGCCUGCUAGUGCUUUCUGAUUAUUCGGUGCAUUUUCAUUCUAUUUCUUGCUUGGGGAAGGGAUGGGAAAGUAAAGACAAGACUGUUGGACAAGUAUUGCAGUUCUGUAGUGUCAUUUCUAAUUGCAACCAAAUAUUCCAAUUAUGAAAAUGGGUGUAAUUCCACCAUUCUAAUAAAGACACAAACAUUCUUUUUUAAUAUUCAUGUGAGGCCUUUCAGUCUCGUUGUUCAAUCAUUUGUGAAGGUCCUUCUAAUCUGCAAUUACAGUUUUUCACUCCAUAAUUUGGAAAAGAUGAAAGGGGAUACAUGUAUGCAAGUGGUGUGUUAUCUAUUUAAUAGCAUAUGCAGUUUUAGAAGCGUAAUUCUAAUUAAAUAUAUGUUUUUCAUGAGAUUUUGGUAAAUAAAGCUAUUGCAUUCUUGG